AUGCUCAAGAAGCCAAAUCCUCUCUGGGGUAGCGUCCAGCUACUAAAUUCGCAACAAACUGGCUUGUCUUCCAUUCAUCUCAAUCUCCCCCCACUCCGGGGCUAUGCCACCGCAUCAGACGCUCCGGGACACCAGGAUGCCUGGCCAAAAAGCCGCUCAUUCACCCCAUAUGAUGUCUUCGAUAUCCCUCGAAACGCUGCAUACACCAAAACCCGCUAUUACGACCUUGUAAAACUCUAUCACCCCGACCGCCACAGUGCAGGCAUCACCCCCGAAGUCCGACUCCGACGCUAUAAAAUUGUGGUCGCAGCCCACGAGAUCCUUUCCGACCCCAUCAAACGUGCAGCGUACGAUAAGUUCGGUACAGGCUGGACCUAUGCAUCCCGACCAGAUCCUACCGCCGGCCCCUACGGUCCCGACGUGAACAUAUAUGGAAACGCAACGUGGGAGGACUGGGAGCGCUGGAAUAAUCGACACAACGGGAAGCAGCAGCAUAUCGUGGAUCAUCGGACUUUUACGCGGCUCAUUAUUCUACUUACGCUGUUUGGCGGUGCGGUGCAGGCGUCUUGGAUCGGUCAGAUGAAUACGGGGUAUGAGGAGCGCCUGAGGGAGGUUAGUGAGGACUCGAUGCGGUUUUUGAGUGGCCGGAGGCAGAGUGCUAUUAAUCAGAUGCCGUCCAAUGAUGCUCGUGUGCAGAGUUUCUUGAUUCGGAGGGAUCCGACUGGGUCUGGACUUAAGGAUGAUGAGCAUCCUGUUUAUCAGAGGGAGCUUCAUCCUAAGCAGGGCGUUAAAAAGCUUGCGGGUGAGCGUCAGAGUGUAUCGGAGUCGCAGACUGAUUCUGUUCAUGCAUCUGACGUAAAAGAGGUCGAGUAA